GACCUCACAUUAUUUCCAGCGCUUCACAAAAUUGUCUUAUUUUCUUUUUGCAGGUCCAAACUUAUCUCUAUACUAUCUCUGUCCUCAUUCAAAAGAUGUCUGGUAAAUUUUAAAGAGAAUUAUGGUCCAAAUCUUAAUCCUGAUAUGGCAUAAAAAUACUACUCUUACCAUAGGACUUCGUCCUCACUGGCUAAAGUCAGAGUGUUUGAUCCUAGAACACAGAAUUUAGGCCUAAAGCUGCCUAAAAGAGCUUACAUUGCUAAUUUUAUUGGCUUAGGUCAAAUUUGGAUACCUACCAAAUUUACAUCCAGCCUGACAAAUUCAUGAUAUGAAGAAUUUCUUGUAUGAUUUCCGAUAAUUGAUUAUAUAAUGGCUGGGUACUUUCCUGAAUAACUUCCAAAAUAACUGAAAUCUUAUCCCCUGAGCCUUAACCAGGCGGGAUCCUUCUUCUCAUGCAUUUUCAUCAUUAAGAAAUCUAUUCCAAGAAUUGGAUUCAUGUAUUUGGCACGAUAACAAAGGUAAGCUAGGGCUUGGUAUAACUGGUCUUUUAAGCUAAAUAGUACAACAGAAUAGUUCCAGGUCUUAUCCUUGCUAAUUCCAAAGCCAGAAGGACAAGAUUUUCUGAAAGGAUUCCUUUUCGAAAAUUUCGAAGUUUUCGAAUUGAGCAGAUUAUUGAAGUCUCCAAAAUUUUGGGGAAGCAUCAAAUCACUGUUUACUAAUAUUCAUAAAAAUCUUUCCAAAACGGAUAAAAUUUUGAGAUGAAAUUAUCUACUGCUAAACAUGAGCUGUAGAGGUAUUUUCCUUACAAAUUUUAUUAAGGUCGUCUUUAUUCACGGUAAAAUAAUUGCAGGCUCUCCAGGUCCUGAGAUCUCCAGCAAGCUUAACUUUAGGUUAGAUAUGCUUUAAAUCGCCUAGGCUUUUCAAAUUGGCAUCAUGUCAGAAAGAUUUGCUUCAUCGAAAAAUCUUGUUCCAGAUAGGUAUUAAAAUGAGAUUUUAGGAGUGUUUGUAAAAGAUAUCUUCUUUUCUCGAAAGUUUUUGAGAGUCCUCCCAGAAGUCUAACUAGGCUUUCUUAAACUAUUUGAUACCCUUUUUAAUGCUGCACACAAAAUUAGCGAUCGUUGGCCCAAUUUUAAGUAUCUCGAAUGGAAAGAUUUUCCAAACUUACUGGCCCGCCCAAAUUCAUUCCAGCAAAAUGAAACAUGAAAUACUGCAGGAAUUGCAUCAAAAGUGGCCAUCCAGAUGGGAAAUAUUAUUCUUAUCUCCUUGUAAGAAAGAGGGACAGCAUAGAAUUUUAACUAAAGUUCUUUAGAAAAAUUCAUAAUUGUUCGAGAACACUUGUCUAAAGAGCUCCUCAUCAUAUUUCAGAGGAGCUAAAUAUCUGAUCCGCAGUCAUAAUGGGGUGUCUAAUAGACACGAAAAUUAUUAUCCUGUUCUCCUGUUAAAAUUUUAAAUUAUGAAAAGAAUCUUUGUCUGGAAGAACUUUGCUUAAAAUACUCCUUUUAAAUCCAUUCCCAAAUUCCAAACUCUUCAAUC